CGUCAUUAAUAGAUGAUUGAACUGCUUGCUUCAUAAUACCACCGCACUCAACCUGAGUCUUUCUCACACCACUCACUACCAUCACAAUGUCCAUCUGGCAAGCAUAUCAGAACCUUCCCCCCAAAACCAAGCUUGCCGUCGGCGCAGGCCUGCUAGCAUGGGGCGUCCUCGGCCUCCAGUUCUCAGACGAGCUCGAGUCUAAACUGGGCUUCAUCCCCACUGAGGCCGACAAGGCCGAGCUGGAGAAGCUGGCGCCUCGGAUCCAUGGAUUUCCCACUGUGGACGGCGUUCCGGAGACUGAGGUAUCUCCACGGUUGCUCAAGGACUUGGGCUUCCUGACGAGGAGCUAUUGGCAGACAGAUGCCAGCUCAUCAGAUAUCAUCGGAAAUCUGCGAAGGCCUAAGUAG